AUGUCUGGCGUCUGGGGCUGGUUUGGCGGUGGUGGUGGCGCCAAGAAGAAGAACGAUGCCAAAGAUGCAAUCCUCGGCCUUAGGGUCCAGCUUGAUAUGCUGCAAAAGAGAGAGAAGCAUCUUCAAACGUUGAUGGACGAACAAGAUACUAUUGCGAGGAAGAACGUAAACACAAACAAGAACGCCGCAAAGGCUGCCUUGCGUCGCAAGAAGGGCCACGAACACAGCCUCGAACAGACUAUUUCGCAAAUCACGACACUCGAGUCCCAAAUCAACGCUAUCGAGUCGGCGAAUAUCAACCGCGAGACGCUGUUGGCGAUGGAGAAGGCUGGCCAGGCCAUGAAGGGUAUUCACGGCAAGCUCACCGUGGACAAGGUGGACCAAACAAUGGAGGAUCUCCGCGAACAAAAUGCGCUUAGCGAGGAAAUUGUCAACGCUAUCACAACGGGCCAGACCGAUAACAUUAUCGACGAGGACCUGGAGGAUGAGCUGGAUCAAAUGCAGCAGGAGGCUUUGGACGAGCAAAUGGUGGGCACUGGCACUGUGCCUGUGUCAGACCGCGUUCACCAGAUGCCUGCCGCCGCGAACGGACCAAUCAAAGGCAAGGCGCAAGCUGUCGAAGAGGACGACGAAGAAGCCGAGCUCCGCAAGCUGCAGGCGGAGAUGGCCAUGUAA